CGCCCGCAUUCUUCCUCUACUUUGUUUUAAUAUAUUGACACCGUCCCCCUCCAUUCUCCAUUCCGUCCGGUAGGCAGUUGUAAUGCUCGAUUUUUCUCGCCGCUGCCCGUCCGCUCUUUCAUCAUGCUUAGCAAACUGAAGGGCAUCGUCCCACGGCGAUUCUAUUCCAUCCUCUGGCUCUUGGGCUUGGUCGUCGUGGCCCUCGUAUUCCUCAGCGGCAAAGAUGGCGACUGGUCGUCCCUCUCCGACUCCAGCAACUGGAGCGUGCCCUUUGCUACUGACGAGGGCCUCUUCGGCUCCGUCAUGGGCUACUUUGGCCAGGAGGUGGACACCGAGCCGGCGCGCAUCGCCAUCGUGAACUCGAUUGGCGUCCAUGACGAGGUGCUGGCCGCCCUCGUCCACGCCUUUGGCGGCCAUCCCAACGCCAAGCUGAGCGUCUUCCUCCAGGGCCAGCGCUACAAGAUGGGCGACAUCAUGCGCAACUUCACGCUGGCGGCCAAGACGUCUGUCAAGGACGUCCACAACUUCCGCGCCGCCAUGAACCGUAACCCGCACCCGCACGUCGUCGUGUCCACGACGUGCGAGUUCGAUCUCAGGAUCGAGCAGAACGCCUUCAACAACCUGCUCGCCAACGGCAACACCCACCUCUUCUGCGUCGUCCACCACGCCGACCAGUGGGCCUCUGGAAAGCACACCGAGAUGGCGCGCAAAUGGGUCGACAAGGGCAAGCUGGACUUUGUCGGCCUCAGCCAGCACACCAUCGACUUCCUGAUGAGGGACACCAAGCUCAAGUGGGGACAAGACCACAACGCCACGGCGCGAGUCUUUCCUCCAGUCUUCCCCGUCGAGCGCCCCGACGCUGAUGCCGAUGGUGACAUCUCGCUCGCCAUGCAGGGCGAUUACUCCUCUAGCCGUCGAGACUACAGCCACAUCUUCACCGAGCUAGCCCGAGUUGUUGACAAGGUCAAGAACACCCCUGGCAACCAGCAGAACGAGACCGUUUCGCUGCACGUCAUCGGCCACGGCAAGGUUCCCGAGGUGCCCGACAUCACAAAGAACAAUGUCAUCUUCGACAAGAGUCUCUCAUACCCCGAUUUCUACGCCGUCAUGUCGCGUGCCUUUGCCAUCAUCCCCGGCUUCGCAUCCGACGAGUACUUGGACCGCAAGGCGUCAUCGACGGUUCCCGCUUCAUUAAUCGCCGGAGCGCCCUUGCUGGCUAGUGAGGAGAUUCUCAAGGCCUACUCCUACCUCCCUCGCGAGGCGGCGUGGGUGUCGAUGCCCGGCGAGGAGGACAUGGAUGCCAUCAAGCGGAUGAUUGGCAACCGAGAAGAGUACGUCGAGAAGAGGAAGUUGGCCAGGGCGGCGGCCGACAACAUCAUGGCGCAGAACAGGAAAAACAUUCAGCAGUGGGUGAAGGAGGUUCGCAAGAAGUUGAAACAUAAGGACCAGUGAACCAAGAGGAGGCAUGCUUGGAUAUGGUUAGAGGGCGUUAUGUUUAAAUGAUCUACUUUACGAACUACACAUCUCAUCGAGAGUACACCUCGAUUGUUCAAACAAUAAGAGACAAUUUCCUUAAUCACUUAAAACAAUCACCGAGUCCCUCAACAAGCCGGCAUUGGUGUUGGGUCAUCGAGGUCAUUUCGCCGUCAGGGUUCGUCAAAGUUCUCUUGGGUAUAGGGUGGGACCACCCCUGGGGUCUCUUACAUGUUAAAGUUUUCCUUUUCUAAAUAGAGAUCUGUCCUUCGGGACGACACAAAACGAAUGUUAGCAAUAAUUACAGACUUAAUGUAGUUGGUACGCUAAUGGGGUAUUUUAUAAAAAUU